AGGCGCUUUGGUUUCGGCAAAUGCGCUGGCCCCUUGCCGUUGGCGUCGGCGGCCUGCUCGUCAUCUCGCUGCUCUCGUGCCAACGGCUCGACUCGCUUCUCUAUACGAUCCAGGACAGGGCCGUGCACCAUGCGUCGGCCGCCGCGCACUAUGCGCGGUACCAGCUCUAUCCCUCGCUCGAGCAAGUGCUGCCGUACGCUGAAAGCUUCCUCUUUCCGACUGUCGUCGCCCGGCAUGGCGCGAGCUACUCGUGCAUCAAGUUUCAGUACACGGGCACGGGCGGUUGUCCAAGCCAAAUCAACGACGUUCUGAGUUACGUGUACACGCCCAACAAGACGGAAGCGUGCGACACCGUGAUCCACACGGGCAUCUACGGCGUUCCUGGCUACUGCGAGCUGCGCGACGACGCGACCCAUGAAACGAUCCGAACCUUGUACACGAGCUGCGGAUCGCUCACGGGCCGGCAGUUUACAUGCGCGCUCGCCGCCCAGUACGCAUCGUACGGCCACGACGCCUCGACGUUCAUCUACGCCCUCAACACGAGCUAUUUCGCCCGCCGCGGCAUUGUGUUUUCUGUGCACCCGGGCGCGCUGGCGUCGGCAUAUGCCAGCAUCGCGCACCUCCGGGCGACCAACUGCUCGCUGCCGAUUGAGGUGUGGCACCGACCGGACGAGCUCCCGGCCGAGAAUGCCAUUUUACAAGCGCUGGAAACCACGUUUCGGGUGCAUGUCCGUCCGAUCUUUCAUCCGUUGGCGACGCGUUUUUACUCCAAGAUCUAUGCCGUGCUCCACAGUGCGUUUGAAAGCGUUUUGCUGCUGGACUGUGACAACUUUGCGGUCCAGAACCCCACUUACCUCUUCUCGACGCACGCCUUUCAAUCGACGGGCGCUGUUUUUUGGCCCGAUUAUUGGCGGCCCGGCCACACGUGCUUCAACAUUGACGGCUACAGCCGACUCUGGGACCUCCUUGGCAUCAACUUUGUCGAUAUGUUCGAGCAAGAGAGCGGUCAAGUGCUCAUCAACAAGACCAUGUCCGAGCCGGCGCUGCACGUGCUCGCCUUCUUUGCAUUGCACGAACCUCGGUUUCUCACCGACUUUGGCAUGGUCUAUGGCGACAAGGACCUCUUCCGGCUGGCGUGGCUGAAAGCAGCGGCGCCGUUUCACAUGAUUGCUCGCCCCCAGGCAGCCUCGGCAAGCUGGACCGCGCCGACCGGACUCAUUUUUGUGGCAACAGCAUGGUCCAGCACGACACGAACGGCGACGUCGUCUUCUUGCACCGAAAUACGAUCAAGUUGACGGGCUGUCGCGCCGACGCGUUUGUGUGGGAGGCCCUUCAAGACUUUCGAUUUGGCGAGGUCCAUGUGGCGCGGUACCUCCCCGCGGGCUACGUGCUCCGCGACGCAACCUGCUUUGGUGUCCGCGAACCGUCGGACGAUUUAUAUGUCAUCACAACGAUACGCCAGUCGCAGUUUGCCCAUCUGGAAGGCGCCUUGUACCGGUAUGCCCGCGAAGCGAUGAAGCUCCAGCACCCCAACGGCUGCCCGGCCGAUAUCGCAAACGAUGACCACCUGCAGUUUCCACUCCACCUACGCAACAAGCGCUUUCCCAGCUUCAAUAUCCGUCAACCACAACGUCAAUACGAAAUCGAGGCGUCAUAGUCGUGUGGCCUACAAGUAUGCUGAUGGCUCUUCCAUGGAGAAAACCGCGCCAACGACGCAGGUUUCGGGGACGUGGCGCUCGAACUGCACCCACCUUUCAAGCUCAAGUGCAUUACCUCAUACUUUGACGACAAUCGAGGCGACUCCUCCUGC